AUGCUUCCGUUAACUGGGAAAACAAUAAUAUUUGAUAGUUUUCCUGACCCGUCAGACACAUGGGAAAUAAUUGAAACUAUUGGCAAAGGAACAUAUGGAAAAGUUUUCAAGGUAUUAAAUAAGAAAAAUGGCAGCAAAGCAGCAGUCAAAAUCUUGGAUCCUGUUCACGAUAUUGAUGAAGAAAUUGAAGCCGAGUAUAACAUUCUGCAAGCUCUCUCUGAUCAUCCCAAUGUAGUCAAGUUCUACGGCAUGUACUAUAAGAAAGAUGUGAAAAAUGGAGAUCAGCUCUGGCUGGUACUUGAGCUGUGCAAUGGUGGAUCUGUGACUGAUCUAGUGAAAGGAUUUUUGAAGAGAGGUGAAAGGAUGAAUGAACUUAUAAUUGCUUACAUUUUACAUGAAGCUCUGAUGGGCCUUCAGCAUUUGCAUGAAAACAAAACUAUCCACCGUGAUAUUAAGGGAAAUAAUAUCCUCUUGACCACUGAAGGAGGAGUCAAGCUUGUGGAUUUUGGUGUGUCUGCACAGCUGACCAGCACCCGUCUCCGUCGGAACACGUCCGUGGGCACCCCUUUCUGGAUGGCUCCAGAGGUGAUUGCCUGUGAGCAGCAGCUAGAUAGCUCCUAUGAUGCCAGAUGUGAUGCGUGGUCACUGGGUAUUACUGCGAUAGAGUUGGGAGAUGGAGAUCCACCCCUUGCUGAUUUGCACCCUAUGAGAGCACUCUUCAAAAUACCAAGGAAUCCACCUCCAACAUUGCAGCAGCCCGAACUGUGGUCACCUGAAUUCAAUGACUUCAUUAAUAAGUGCUUGACUAAAGAUUAUGAGAAACGCCCAACAGUGUCCAGUCUUUUGCAGCAUGAUUUUAUUAAGCAAAUUGAAGGAAAGGAAAACAUGCUACAAAGGCAACUCAUGGAAUUUAUUGAUGUUCAUCAGCAAAUGGGAGUCACUGAAAAGGCAAGAUUUGAACGUAUUCAUACAAAGAAAGGGAACUACAGUAAGUCACUAGUUUCAAACCAGGAAGAAGUAGAUGAUUUAGCAACCUUGGAAGUACUGGAUGAGAACACAGUAACGGAGCAGUUGCAGAAGGGUUAUGCCAAGGAUCAGAUCUACACGUAUGUAGGGGACAUCCUCAUUGCUGUCAAUCCAUUUCGGAACAUAGACAUCUAUUCUUCACAGCAUUCCAAACUCUAUAUUGGAGCCAAGCGGACUGCCAACCCUCCUCAUAUUUUUGCUGUUGCUGAUAUAGGAUAUCAGUCCAUGGUGACAUAYAACUCAGAUCAGUGUAUCGUUAUUUCUGGAGAAAGUGGAGCUGGUAAGACACAAAGUGCCCAUCUUCUGGUUCAGCAGCUCACUGUCCUGGGCAAGGCUAAUAACAGGACUCUACAGGAGAAGAUCCUCCAAGUGAAUAACCUGGUAGAAGCAUUUGGAAAUGCAGGCACUAUCAUCAAUGAUAAUUCCAGCAGAUUUGGAAAAUAUUUGGAAAUGAAAUUCACUUGUGGUGGCACUGUAGUAGGGGCUCAAAUUUCAGAGUAUCUCCUCGAAAAAUCCAGAGUUGUCCACCAGGCAGUAGGAGAGAAAAAUUUCCAUAUUUUUUAUUAUAUUUAUGCUGGCCUCGCAGAAAAGAAAAAAUUGGCACAUUAUAAAUUGCCAGAAUAUAGACCUCCCAGGUAUCUGCAAAACGAUCAUUUCAGAAUAGUGCAAGAUUUUAUGAACAAUAGCUUUUAUAAAUCCCAGUUUGAGUUAAUUGAACAAUGCUUCAAAGUCAUAGGUUUUACGCUGGAGGAACUUGGAAGCGUGUACAGUGUUCUGGCUGCCAUUUUAAAUGUGGGUAACAUUGAAUUUUCUGCAGUGGUAUCGGAACAUAUGAUUGACAAGAGCAACAUUUCCAAUCCAGUAGCCCUUGAGAAUAGUGCUUCCUUGCUGUGUAUUCAGGCAGAUGAGCUGCAAGAGGCCCUCACCUCUCACUGUGUAGUGACUAGAGGAGAAACGAUUAUUCGUCCCAACACGGUGGAAAAAGCAACUGAUGUCCGAGAUGCCAUGGCCAAAGCCCUGUAUGGGCGUCUCUUCAGUUGGAUAGUCAAUCGCAUCAAUACUUUACUGAAGCCCGACAAACAUUUAAGUGGGAAUGACGAUGGGUUGAACAUUGGAAUUCUUGAUAUCUUUGGCUUUGAGAAUUUCAAAAAAAAUUCUUUUGAACAACUCUGUAUCAACAUUGCCAAUGAACAGAUUCAGUUUUACUUCAAUCAGCAUGUCUUUGCUUGGGAACAGAAUGAAUAUCUAUACGAAGGUGUUGAUGCCAGAGUUAUAGAGUAUGAGGACAACAGGCCCCUCUUAGAUAUGUUCCUGCAGAAACCUAUGGGUUUAUUGUCCCUACUGGAUGAGGAAAGUCGAUUCCCACAAGCAACAGACCAGACGCUCGUGGAAAAAUUUGAAGAUAAUUUGAGGUCAAAAUAUUUUUGGAGACCCAAAAGAGUAGAUCUAACUUUUGGGAUUUACCAUUAUGCAGGAAAGGUUCUGUACAAUGCAAGUGGAUUCCUAGCCAAGAACAGAGAUACUCUGCCAGCUGACAUUGUGCUGCUACUCCGCUCAUCUGAAAACAAUCUGAUAAGACAGUUAGUAACCCAUCCUCUUACAAAAACAGGUAAUCUGGCACACACAAAAAGCAAAACUACUAUCAGUUACCAAAUGUGGACCCCCCAGAAAUCAAUCAGUCGUACUAAGAAUGAAACUGGAGAUACCGGACAUCAUCCAAGAGAAACAACUAGUAUGAAAACACAGACAGUAGCUUCUUAUUUUAGAUAUUCUCUGAUGGACCUGCUAUCCAAAAUGGUCGUGGGCCAGCCUCAUUUCGUCAGGUGCAUCAAGCCAAACAACGACAGGCAGGCAAACAAGUUUGAUAAAGAGAAAGUGUUGGUCCAGCUGCGUUACACAGGAAUUCUGGAGACGGCACGAAUCCGAAGACAGGGUUAUUCACAUCGUAUACUCUUUGCCAACUUUAUAAAACGGUAUUACCUUAUCUGCUACAAAACAAAUGAUGAUCCUCCAGUCAGCCCGGAAACCUGUGCUGCCAUCCUGGAAAAAGCUCACCUCGACAACUGGGUGCUUGGAAAAACUAAAGUAUUCCUCAAAUACUAUCAUGUGGAACAGCUGAAUUUAAUGCGAAAGGAGACAGUGGACAUGAUUAUUUUGAUUCAAGCUUAUGUCAGAGGAUGGCUGGGUUCAAAGAGAUACAAAAAGCUGAAAGAACAAAGGGAACAAAGUGCUGUUAAAAUACAGUCAGCUUACAGAGGGUUUGUUGCUCGUAAAGAAUAUGCAAAUGCAAAAAGAAAUCAAAAACUGGAAAAAUGUAUUACAAGACUUCAAGCAGUUGCCAGAGGAUACUUACUCAGGAAAAAGAGAAAAGAACUAACUGAGUCAAGGAACAAAGCAGCAACAAAAAUUCAGUCUCACUACAGGGGAUAUAAGGAGAGGAAGGAUUUCCAGAAGAGAAGGGAAUCACUUAAAAAGACGGAACAAACUGAGAAUGCAACUUCUAUUAGUGAAAAGAAAGAGGAUACCAAACUUCAAAACAAUGAGGAAACUAUAGCUAGAGUGAAAAGCACCACUCCUCAUACUGAAGAAGAGGCAGCUCUAAUGGAGGAAGAAGAGUUAUCUGCUCUGGAAUACUUUGAAGCACAAGUGAAGCCAGCUGAAAACAUUACAUUGGAAGAAGCAGCAAACAAGGAGAGCCARGAUGAAGCUGAUACUGUUAUUGAUAGCAGGUGUACUGAGUUUAGGGAGGGAGAGAACCCGGGGGAACACGCAAAGACAUCUACUAGAGGAGAAAGAGAGUCUCUGAAGCAGAACACUGCAAAGCAGCAGGUUGGUGGAGAUGAAGACCAGGUCCCUUUGAAACAGUUACCUAAAAAAUCUUCUGUCAAAAUCACAGCUGAACCUGAUCACCAGCAUGAGCAAACUAUUCAAGACACAGUCAAAACAGAUGAACAAAAUCAGGCAUGUGCUGUGGUCCAUCCCAAGCCUGACAGGCACCUGGAGAGAAACCAUCUGAAACAUGAAGUGGUGAUGCCUGCUGGAAAUAAAGGAAUUAUAAGAAAAGAGUCAAUAAGAGGUUCACGGAAGCAAGUUGUAGCAGACAAACAAGAUUCGGAAGACAGAGAGAAGGCAGCAGUGGUUAUUCAGAGCAAUUACCGGGGUUACAGAAGAAGGGGGCAACUCAGAAAAGAGGGAAAAUUACCUUGCAAAAAUCAAGAGAAAACUAUAAAGGAGUCAAGAGAAGCAGCACACAUUAAAAGUAAUGAUUCCAAGACAACAAAAGCUAAGGAAAAUACUGGCAUGCAGGCUGAGGACCGCAAGACUCUUAAGGAAGGCUCGGAGAAAGAGGCUUGUGAUUUGGCAGCCUUUUCACGGCAGAUAUCAAAAUUAUCUGAAGACUACUUAGCAUUGCAACAAAAAUUAAAUGAAAUGAUAUUGUCACAUCAGCUGAGACCUGUGAUGCUGUCCAAGGAUAAGCAAACUAAUGUCCGACUUUCUUCUCAUGUGUGUCAAUCAGUUGCAUCCAAAGUGGAGGACUCUCGCCCGAAGCAGAGACCCCCGAGGAGGCCACGGAAGCCCAAGACAUUAAAUAAUCCAGAGGAUUCCAGCUACUACACUCUAAUACAUAAAUCAAUACAAGAUGAAAAACGGAAACCAAGGAAAGACAGUCUAGGCAAAGUGCUAGAUUUAGAUGUCUACUACCAAGAAAUUUCAUCCAUUGAUUCCACCUCAAAGGACAGCAGUUCUACCGCAAAAAGGAAGAGACAAACAGGCGAGCGCAGGACUUUAAGAGCUACUGAACGGUCGAGAGUUUCAGAAAGCCCCCUGGAAGAGGGUAAAGCGGAAGAUAAUCCCUAUGACUACAGAAGGCUGCUGCGGAAGACCUCACAGCGCCGGCGCCUUAUCCAGCAGUUCUAGCU